AACUGGCAGACGCCGAAGGAUCUGGAUGGCAAGAUGACAUCUAAGGUCUUUCUCAUUUGUUUUGUAGUGUUUACAGCGUUCCUCGUCCAAGUCGAAUGCUUGGAGUGUCUAAGAUGCCAGAAUGUGGAAGAUCCGAAACAUUGUAAUACAACAAUCCUAUGCCAAAAUGGACAGUCUUGCUACGUGAAAACAACUCAAUCUGCACCAACAGUGUUGUUUGAGUUGGGAUGCGAAAACAAUCAGCAAUGCGGCACGGGGUCCCCAGCUGCGUCAAUUGUUGGUAAACGUGAGGUAUCGGCGUCAAUGGUCGGUAAACGUCAGACAUUUUCCUGCCACGAGUGCUGUUCCGCCAACAACUGUAACGAGCAACUCUGUGCCCACAGGAAACCGUCGGCAUGCAUAGAUUCUGAAACUGUUGACUGCGCCCUAAUGCACUCGCUUUUCAACGUAUGUGCUGAUAUCCAACAUGCGAAAAGCGUGUGUCCAAAGUUUUGCGGUCUUUGUACACUUGUCGAUGGCAACUGGGCGAACUGGGGCGCGUGGUCGACCUGUGAUGUCACCUGUGAAAAUGGUACACAAGUGCGAAUGCGUACCUGUACAAAUCCUGUCCCAAAGAAUGGCGGCCUAAACUGUACUGGACAAGACAGGCAAAUCAGGAUGUGUUCAAAGGAUCUGUGCCCAGUUCACGGUGGCUGGAGUGGAUGGUCAGACUGGGGGACCUGCUCAGCCACGUGUGACGUGGGUAUGUCCCAACGAUGGCGGGCUUGUACCAACCCAAAACCCGCUCUAGCCGGUGAUUUCUGCCUAGGUGCCCAACAAGAAUACAAGAUGUGUACAGCAAGUCCUUGUUCCACCUGGAUGGACUGGGGCUCGUGGACGUCAUGCAGCGUGACGUGUGGGGCUGGCCUGCAACGUAGAUACCGGAACUGUACGUCGACGUCAUCUAUUCUUGGCAUAGGCUGUGUAGGAAGUAACGACCAAACAGAGACGUGUAGUAACUCAACUUGUGAUCAGGUGGCCUUCAACGCUCAUGGCCACCAAGCACUGGCUGGAAAUAUCAUCACCUUUACAACAGUCAUCCUGAACGAAGGGAACGCGUUCAAUAAGACAUCAGGACUUUUCACAGCGCCUUUUAGUGGAAACUACUUCUUCUCCGUACAACUCUGUGCUCAAAACCAACAAAGUAUUUUGUUUAACAUAAAAAAGGCCAAUGCGGACAUGUCUUCCCCGACGUACCUCACCUCAGCCCAUGAUUAUGACCAUAAUAGCUACCUAUGUGGCACCUCAUUUGUGGUCACCAAACUCCAUGUGGGUGAUCACGUGUGGGUGUACACGAUCAGUUCUGCAAGAUUUCUUUAUGACUCAGGAACACAACAAUGGUGUUCGUUCACCGGCUCACUGCUAAGCGUGUCCGACUGAUAGACACGUGUUCUUUUUCGUAAAGUCAUGCAAUGAUUAUAUGCCGUAAUGAAUACGUGUGUUAGUUCUAAACUCAUCUUCAAUUUGUAUGAUAAUGAUCGGAAUAAUCUACUAUAUAUCGAACAAUUGUGUUAAUGAUUAUUCUAAA